ACGAACAAUGGAUACAAGCCAAAAACCAUCUAGAUGUUCUGUUAUCCUAGCUAAUGUGUUCAAAACUCAUAUGGGUAGAACUAUAUUUGACGGUAUUAAUUUUACUGCAUUUAGCGGUAAGAUAUGCGCUGUUCUUGGAGGCAUAGAAAGUGGGAAAUCGAUGUUACUAUCUUGUAUCGUUGGUGGUAAUGAUUUCGAUUCGGGACAAAUGUGGGUGUUGGGUGGAAAACCUCAAACAAAAAGUAGCAAAACAUUAACAAAACACGUUGGGUAUAUGCCUCAGGAGUUUUGUUUAUAUGAAAAAAUGACAGUAUUAGAGCUGAUUCUAUACUUUGGACAGUUAUAUGAUAUAAAUUCUAAAUUUAUUUUGUGGCGAUUAAGAUACUACAAUGAUUUUUUUACUUUCCCAUCGUCUAAAUCACUCGUAAAAGAUUUGAGUUACAGCGAAAAGCGAAUCGUUUCAUUUAUAAUAACAGUGUUUCACAGACCUCGAUUAAUCGUUCUUGAUGAACCUACUACUGGUCUCGAUACUUCAAAAAAAAAUCAAGUUUGGUCUUACAUACAUCAUAUGAUUCACACGUGGAAACCAACCAUAAUUGUCGCAACAAAUAACGUCGAAGAAGCAUCACUUGCCACUAAUAUAGUGUACUUAAAAGACGGUAAAAUUAUAUUUGACCAUGACGUAUCCGACUUAAAGAAAAAUCAUCCUAAUCAGUCAUUAGAACACAUCGUUGAUAUACUGCAUACUAAAAGAAACGAAUGGCUUCACUCAAACGAAUCGAAAAUGCCACACGAUAAAGUAUUAACUAACGUCGAAACAUUAACCCCAAGAACAAGUAUAUGGAAAUUAAAAACUGUAACGAUUAAAAAUAUAAGGGUUUUACUAAGAAGCAGGUGGUUUUUUUUGAUAAUGUAUAUGAAUUAGAAGCCUCAGUUGAAUCAUUUAAAUCUUUUGGAUAUAUAAAAGUACCAAAAAAUUAUACACAAUUGAUCAUUGAAGCUAUGCGGAAAACAGCAACACCGCAAAGAAGAAAAUUAUUUUCGUCGGAACUUUCUAUAGGAAUUGACAUGACAAGGUUAAAAUUUAGCGAUUAUCUUAACAAGUUAUUGUUGAAUUGUUAUAAUACAUUCUUAACAAACGUUUAUGAACACUACAACCUAUCUAAAGAAUAUGCUGAUUUACCUUUAAAGAUGUACGAAGACAGAAAUUUAGACAUUGCUGAAAAUACCGCUAUUGGAAUAAUAUCCUGGUACAACGUUUUUAGAAAUUGUUUUGUCCUACUUAAUAUUACAAAUCAUUUUUUCAUUAGUACAAGCAUUUGGUUUGUUCUUAAUAGUCGAUUUCAUUUUGUACCUUACGUGGCAAAGCUC